AUGACCAUCCUCUCAGAGCAGACGGGGAUCAGGCUGCCUGGGGAACAGCCACUGCCGUCACCGCUGUCUCACAAAUCAAUGGGGAUUGUCAAAGCGCUGAGGAAAAGAGCCCGCUGUGAUAGAGCCACACAGCGCCUCGCCUACCACCUGUGGACCAAAACACUGGGGACACUUCAGCUUCUGUGGAAGAUGGAAAUUCAGUCGCACACACUGGGAGAGAGAGUGUGCUGCAAGGUACAGAGCAGUGUAGAAGACCUUAGGAGACCCACUGCGGAACACAGGCGCCAGUGCACGGCUCUGCAGCUGCAGAGGAGGGGGUGA